CGGUUCCCUUUUCUCCCUUCUGCUCCCUGGGAAAAUAUCCUCCUAGAAUCGAUCCCAAGGAAGAUCUACAUAUAAUUCCUGAGCUUCAACCGUCGCUUUGUAUACUGAUGAAUUUUGAGACAGGGUCUCUAUACUACAGAUGGGUCUCGAACUCUCGAUCUUUCCUGUCUUAAACUACAAGGACAUGAAGGACAACAGUCACUUGGAAAGCCCUACGCCACUGCACAGGGUCUGGAGGUCAGGAAUGAGGCUCGGCUCCUUUAAGUCCAGCUUGGGAACGCCCAGAGCGGGCAGCACGGUUCCGGGAUCUGCUGCCUGGGAAAGCGUACGCUGCAAGGACCUCCGGCUCCUCUCCCCUUGGUGCCCCGCCCCGCGCGCCCACUGCUUCCUGGAGCUGCCGGCCUUGGUUGGCUUGGGAAAAAUGAGCCGCAUCUACCACGACAGUGUCCUCCGCAACAAGGCGGUGCAGAGCGCGCGACUGCCGGGGUCCUGGGACCCCGCUGCCCACCAGGGGGGAAAUGGCGUCUUGCUAGAGGGGGAGCUGGUGGAUGUAUCUCGGCACAGCAUCUCGGAUGCCCAUGGCAGGAAGGAGCGCUACUAUGUGCUGUAUAUCCGGCCCAGUUGUAUCCACCGACGGAAGUUUGACUCCAAAGGAAAUGAAAUCGAGCCCAACUUCAGUGCCACCAGGAAGGUGAACACAGGCUUCCUCAUGUCGUCUUACAAGACGGAAGCCAAGGGGGACACUGACAGACUCACGCUCGAGGUGCUGAAGGGCCUGGUGAACAAGCCGGACCUGCUGGAGCUGACAGAAGGCCUCACUCCAGACCAGACGGUGGCAUUCUGGAUGCCGGAAUCAGAGAUGGAGGCCAUGGAACUCGAACUGGGGACUGGAGUGCGGUUGAAGACGCGGGGCGAUGGCCCCUUUAUCGAUUCCUUAGCCAAGCUGGAGCUGGGGACCGUGACCAAGUGUAAUUUUGCUGGUGAUGGAAAGACAGGGGCAUCCUGGACAGACAACAUCAUGGCCCAAAAGUCUUCACAGAGGGACACAGUGGAGAUCCGAGAACAAGGAGAUGGAGCGGAGGAUGAGGAAUGGGAUGACUGAAGUGCCUUCUCCCGCUACCAGCAUCUGAGAUGGUGUCUUUGAGAAGUGGCCAUACUUCCACCCUGGAAAGAGCCAUCUGUCGGGCUGAAUACCUUUAAUACAUUCUGUGGAGAUCAAAUCCAAGACCUCAAGACUCACAGAGGGUCU